GCGUUGAGCGGUUAGCUAAAGUGCAAGAAAGGCACUUUGAGUUUAGUCGCAGCUAGGAGAUAUCUGUAUGCUCGAUGCGAACAGGCUUACGGGAUUUUGCUCGCGAACUAGUAGGCGCCGCGGGAUCCGAGGUGAGUCAUCGCCUCGAGAAGACUGAGCGUUUUUGUGUCGGCGCCAUCGAAGGYGUCAAGGUGGCCGCUCCCAAGGAGGAGGAGGCCCGUCCUCGCAGGGAGCCAGUCAAAGUCAAAUUCCCUGAUUCCUACAGCGGGAAAAGGGAAGAGAACUUUGACRAUUGGGAGGCCAAUGUUAAGACCUAUGUGCAUUUGCAACAAGUCUCCCCGGAUCAGCAGGUCUUAAUUGCGAUCCAUGCACUUAGAGACGAGGCCGCCAGUUUCGCGAGAUCCCUUGUUCGUGCUGCCAACUGUAGUGACGAUCCAGUUGCGUACUCGUCAUUUACGUCCCUCACCCAGUUCUUGAAGUUGCUGCGCGAGCGAUUUGCUGAUGUCGCUCGCAGUGUAAAGGCCUCAGACAAGCUCCAAACCAUCCAUUCUCGUAAAUGGAAGAGUGCCAGGGCACUCAAGGGUACAAUGGAUGRGUUGGUGGUCGUCCCUGACCAUGGGGUCACAGAGGGCCAGUUGGUCAACCUCUUUUACCGGGCURUGCCCGAAGCCUUUCGAGGGCAGUUCUUCGCGAAGAGCRAAGRCCCUGCCACCACUUACGAUUCCCUUAGUCGUGAGGUGGUGGCUUUUGAASCGARGUCASUGUCCCUGUCCACCUUUUGGCAUAAGGAUUUGGACAAGGGAAAGCAAUGGAAAGGCCGCACUAUCUCAGGGCAGGUAAAGACCAAGGAUAGCCUUGUCCUGACUUUAGAUGAGGGUAGUGUGGAUGAGAUUCCCUACGAUCAGAUUGAGUGGGGGCUAGAGGAGGUGGACAACGGUGUGGGCCAGGGGAGAUCCUACUCUGUUGUCGCGGCUGGAGGGAGGCCGCAAGGAGGAAGAGGCCAGGGCCACGGGGGCCGGGCCUCAGGGAACCGAUUCCAAGGCGAUCAGGGGGUUGGCAGCAGAGGAGGAAACCGCCAAGUGGGAGGCAGGGGUCAAGGUCCCUCGCAAAACCGUCCUAGGAAUAGGUCUCCUUAUAGAGUAGGAGGAUGGCACCCAAGGCUACCUCAGGAGGAGUAUGUAGAGGGAGUCCAGGCAUAUUUCCGCCUAGAGAAGGAUGGGAAAGUGGAGAAGGUCCUCCACUCCUUGACUGUCCUCGUAGAAGACAGCCUCCCAUUUGAUAUUGUCUUGGGAAUGGAUUGGGGAGAAGCAGCUGGGGCGACGCUCCAUCUGCAGGAGCACGAGUGUAGGCUCCCUAGUUCCUCAGGCGAGGCUCAGGCUGCCCGCCUGUUCCAUGUGUCAGGGGUAGAGAAUUCCUUGGCGCAUUGCUGCCYGAGUGCCCCCGCGUUUGCCAGAUUAGUGAAGAAGGAGAAAUUGAAUGAGCAGGUCUUUGUUGCCUAUGUGAGGCCAGUGACUGAGCCUACGGAAGAAAAAUCGAUGGACCCUGCGAUUGCCAAGCUGCUGGAAGAGUUCAAGGACCUAACCGAGCCGCCGAGAGGAGUGGUACCGCGGCCCAUCCAGUACCGUAUUGAGAUAGAGCCUGACAGUAGGACUCCUAAGGGCGCUGUAUAUAGGAUGUCCCCACGGGAGUUAGAGGAGCUUCGCAAGCAGUUAGACGAGCUCCUCGAGAAGGGUUGGAUUAGGCCCAGUUCGUCCCCUUUCGGAGCGCCUGUUCUCUUUGUUCCCAAGAAAGAGGGAGAGCUGAGAAUGUGUAUAGACUAUAGGGGUCUGAAUGCUAUUACAGUGAAGAAUGUUGAGCCACUGCCGAGGAUAGACGAUCUCUUAGAUCGAGUGCAGGGGGCCAAAUAUUUCUCUAAGGUAGAUUUAAAGUCCGGAUAUCAUCAAAUAGAGGUACAUCCUGAUGAUCAGUAUAAGACAACUUUUCGGACUAGGUACGGGCAUUAUGAGUUUAUAGUGAUGCCCUUUGGACUAACCAACGCGCCAGCUACGUUCCAGCGCUGUAUGAAUGAUUUGUUUAGGCCAUGGUUAGACAGAUUUGUCGUAGUUUAUCUAGAUGACAUUCUCGUGUUUAGUAGGACCCUCGCAGAGGAUAGCAAGAUCGCAGCGAUUAGAGAUUGGCCCACGCCACGUACGCUGACAGAGUUGCGCUCGUUCCUGGGCUUAGUUAAUUACUACAGGAAGUUCGUGAGGAACUUCUCCACCAUCGCUGCGCCCCUUCGCAGAUUGUUGAGGAAGGAGACCAUCUGGAAGUGGGAUAAGGACUGCACGUCUGCCAUGAAGAAGUUAAAGCAGGCAUUAAUAGAGUAUCCAGUCCUUAAAGUCGCCGAUCCGUCCUUGCCUUUUGUCGUUACUACGGAUGCUAGCCAGUACGGCAUAGGCGCAGUGUUACAGCAAGAUGAUGGCAAUGGCUAUAGACCCAGGCAGGAACCGGCGAAGUGCAACAAUGGACUCAAGAUCUUGCUAUUGCUCUCUCGUCUUACGGACCUCACGGCUACUUGCAUUGCACAGCAAGAGGAUAUCCACUGCCUCGACGACGUGGUCGACGACCACAAGAAGUUGGUCGCACAGUUGACCAGCGGCGUGCAGCUGUUGGAACAACGACCCAUCGCCGCUCCAAGCGCCGGCUCCUCCAACUAUGCCGAUCGCCUUAACGUUUUGGAGAUCGAUGUCGGGACUCUGAAGACAGCUGAUGGAUGUGUUCGGGUGUGGAGGAACUUCAAGGAGGCUGGAUCAGAACAUCUGGCAGCAGCAUGGCAAGUCCUGAGAGGUCACAGACCUGGAGCAAGACCUGGAAAUGGUGCAGUAAUUGAUUGGCAGCAGGAGUGGGGUCAAUUGUUCGCAUCUGGCGAUACAUCAUACCUCUAUAUCUGGGCACUGCAGGAGGAGAGAAUGGCUAAGGAAAUCCAGACGAAUGCAAAUGAAGCAGUCACAGCUUUGGCGGCGUCUCAAUUCAGUUGCAAUGACUGUAUAGCAGGAUGUGAGGAUGGAUCCAUAAGAAUCUUUGACAUCAGGCAAAAGAGGCCAGUCUGUGAGAUCAAGGCACAUACAAGCCGUGUUGUGGGAAUAGGAUAUCUCCCAAACAAAGAGAGUCAAAUGGUUUCAGCGGCAGCUUCUGGGGAGCUGAAGUUCUUUGAUAUCCGCACUGGCGUGAGCCCCGAGAUGAAGAAACCAUCACCAAUGGUGGUCAGGACGAUUGAGGCGCAUGGCGGUGGCAACUUAUCGGCACUAGCUGUCCACCGGCAUGCACCUGUGAUCGCGACUGGAAGCAGUGAUCGGUCCAUAAAAGUGUUUGGUCUGGAUGGGAGAACCAUUGCCAAACCAAGGUUUGUCUGGGCCAAGUUUGGUGUUUCUUGGAGUCUCGGAGAUUACGGUUUUCGUAAGCGGCUUGCAUGAAAAGUUGAAAAACAUUUCUGCCCUGGUUCUUACUAUUUUUUUUUGCUGAUGGUUAUUUCAACUUAUUUGUUGUUCCCUCUAUGAACUGUUUACAAGGUUUCUGUCUAAAAGGCCUGAGAGUUUUGGAAAAAUCCUGAAAUUUUAGGGCUCUGUUAACUGCGUCUCAUGCUAUGACCUUGUUGCACAAUAGACAUGAAAACCAAAGUAUGUCCCGUGUAAGAGUAUAUGAUGUACCUCUCCUUCUAGUUCAGAAGGUAAUCUGUGUGUUGAUUUGAAUCACCACCAGCAUACAAGUUCUUGAGUCCAGCUCCUCUUCCACUGGUAAGUCAUAACGAACACCCCUCUCUUGAACGCUUUCCCAUUUUGCAGCUUGGGGAACCCUGACAGCAUGGAUUGCUUCCUUUUGGAAGAAGCGACUGCCAGUGCGCCCACUCUUUCUCCAGCCUAGUGCCCCACCCCGGGCCGCGCCACCCCUCCUAAAGAUGCCAUAAGAUCAGACCAAGUUUAUUCGCUCGUAGACUGGCUAUGCCAGACUGGCUGAUACUCUGUGAUUAGGAACUGAUGUUAUGUAUCGAGGAGAUUGCGUUGCACGGCUAGAUGUGGCACUGCUUGAUGCGUCUGGAGAUGCUGGUUAUUAUGCCAGAGGGUGGUGUAUAGCUGCCCUUGCGAAGGGGGUGUAAUUCGUUUGCAUUUUAAGCGUGUUGCAUUCAUUGAAUACAAUUGGGCAAUGCAGAAUGUUUUCUUCGGUGAAAGGUGUCUGAUGAUGCUGGCCCUUCUGCCGUUUAACUAUAUCACCGGUUUCUUGUGUACAUUCCAUUUUCUGCGUCUGUCGAUUUAUGAUCAGCACAGAAUCUCUGUUCGUCCUGGCAUGUGGCUUUGGCUCCACUUCUGUUCUCAAGAGUGGUGAAAGUAGACUGAGGUUCACAUUGUUCAACCAAACUGUAAACGGUUGUCUGGGAAUGUUGACCUUUCGAGUGGACCUGACACAGCUCAGCAGCAGCAAUGAGAGGAAACAAAGGGGGAAGAGGAAGAGAAGGGGGCAGGAGAGUGAAUGGGGAGAGCAAUUUGCAUAACGUAAAUACUGAAGAACAUUAAAAAAAACACAAGUUUUUAUUUCAAAGACAGUGUGGCCCGGAGCAACGAACAAAACAGGACUUUAGGA